UGCUCUAUCUAGUAGGCCGAAAUGACGGUGAAGCAGAAACUUAGCCCCAGAUCCAGCAGGCUGGAAGAUGGGAAGACCCUGGUGCACAGAAUAGACCUGGAUACCAUCCUGGUGGAGGAGAUAGGUCAGUUCGGUUGGUACCAGUUCAGGACACUGCUGCUCGCUGUUUUAAUGGUAAUCUUCGCGGCGUGGGCGGCCAGUGAAUAUGUUUUCACCACAGCAAGGAUAAGUACAAGAUGCUUGAUACCGGAGUGCGAAGGAGAUGAUAAUGAGUUCUCUCCGCCGUGGAUCCUGAACGCAGUACCGGGGGCCAGCAGCGGCUCCUUCGACAAUUGCCAGCGCUUCGCCAACGUGUCCUCCCUCGCGCGCCCUGACACCUGCCCCGCGAGUCUCUUCGAUAGGCAGAGGCUGGUGGCCUGCGAGGACUUUGUCUAUCAGAACACGGAUACUAUUGUGUAUGAUUACGGUUUAGCGUGUGACGAAUGGAGACGAUCUCUGAUCGGAUCUGUACGUACGUUUGGUACACUCCUGGCACUGCCCAUCACCGGCUAUGUAUCAGACCGAUGGGGCCGGCGUGCGGCGCUUACCAUCAACGCCGUCAACACCGCCUGGCUCGGCACCGUCCGAUACUUCGCCGGUACUUACAUCGGCUUCCUCGUCUCUGAAGUAGCUGAAGCUACCUUCGGAUCUGGUGGAUUCUCUUGCGCUUAUAUCUUACUGAUGGAGCUGGUGGGACCUAAAUACCGAGUCGCUGCUGGCGCCACAAUGAAUACUUUCUUCUCUAUCGGUCAAAUAACCAUGGGCCUGAUAGCCUGGGCAGUUCCUAACUGGAAGAAAUUUACCCUAGCUCUUUAUAUCCCACAAUUCGUCACCAUCUCUUACUUUUGGAUCAUGUCUGAAUCUAUUCGCUGGUACAUGAGUAAAGGGAGAUAUGAUGACGCAGAAACGGUACUAAGAAAUGUUGCUCGAGUUAAUAAAAAAGAGUUAUCAGAAAAAUCGAUACAUGCGUUAAAACAAUCUGCUGAAGAAGAGAAGGUACGUCAAGCGGCAGAACAGGCAGAGAGACGGAAAGAACCUUGGCUGAUAGUCUUGGUAUUUCGCCAUAAGAGAAUCUUACUUCGUUGCUUAGUUUCGCCUAUUUGGUGGAUAACCAACACGUUUAUAUACUACGGGAUGUCCAUAAACUCAGUGAACAUGUCUGGCAAUCGAUAUGUGAACUACAUCGCAGUAUCCGCGGCAGAGAUUCCCGGAUACUGGACCGCGGUGCUGUUAAUGGGUAAGAUUGGAAGGAAACCGGUUCUGACUGGCGCAUUUUGGGUCUGCGCCGCCUGUCAGAUUGGAUACAUCUUCAUGCCUGAAGAUUUCUACGCGAUUUCUCUCACUCUGUACCUGAUUGGGAAGUACAGCAUCGCGAUGGUGAUGACGUCAGUAUACGUAUACACCGCUGAGCUGUACCCCACGCGCUACCGUCACAGCCUCUUCGCCUUCUCCUCCAUGAUGGGCAGAAUCGGAUCCAUUAUAGCGCCACUUACACCUGCUUUCGGUGCGGCGGUAUGGGAAGACUUACCAUUUGCGAUGUUCGCUGGAUUCGCGCUGUUGUCAGGAGCCCUGGUCCUUAUCACACCGGAAACCCUGGGCACCAAGUUGCCCGAUACCAUGGAGGAGGCGGAACAGAUCGGCAAGAAACAAUCAACGUGACGAAACAGCUAUCAUAGUGUUGAAUUGUGAUAACUUAAGAUAAUUAGGGAUAAGCUUUCACUUACAAUGGACUGUUGUGAUCCAUCGUGGAGCGGUUUGACUGAUGGAAUUUAAUUCUGUUGCUAAAACAUUUUUUAUACCAGUAA